AUGGACCACGAUUUGCGCCCGUCGAUCUCGCGCCGGAGCAGCCGCCCGUCGUCACUGAACCUCGCAUACUCGGCGAACGGGUUCAAGUCCGACAUCCCGCGCCAGGCUCUCCGCGGGCGGCCCCCGCUCAACUCGCCCUGCUUCGUGCGCUCGCACCUCGACAUGGGCAACACCCUGGCGGAAGCGCUCCGCAAGCACAGCCGGCCCUUCGGGGACAACGCGAACGUGGGCGUCGCGAAGAGCCUCAUCGAUCGCGGCAACGGCGCCGCGCCGCGCCUCUUGCCCGACUCGCUCGACUCGAACUCGGACAGCGACGGGGAGUACUCGAGCAGCCUCACGAAGCAGCUCACGGAGACCGCCGUCGGUGUGCGGGAGAUGAGCAAGCAGCUUGGGCGCGCGCGCAUCUACUCCAAUAUACAGAAUGUCCUCAUUAUUACCAAGGCGCGCGACAAUCGGCUCAUCAAGCCCACGCGAGACCUCGCGCUCUACCUUAUGCUCAAGCCGCGGGCGGGCUCCCCGCGCGGCCUCGUAGUCUACGUUGACAGUCAGCUACGCACAUCUCGCCGCUUCGAUGCCACGGGCAUCCAGCGCGACCACCCCGAGCUCUUCGCCCUGUACCCCAAGCGGCGGGCGUCGAGCAGCAGCUCGCUCUCGUCGGCGCGUUCAUCGAUGACGUCGCUCACCUCUCUUGGCUCGGACCAGACGUCGUCCGAGGAGGGUCAGCUGCGCUACUGGACGAGCGACAUGUGCAGCAACAGCCCACGCCUGUUUGACUUUGUCGUCACUCUCGGCGGCGAUGGCACGGUCCUCUUCACCUCCUGGCUGUUCCAACGCAUCGUGCCGCCCGUGCUCUCCUUCGCGUUGGGCUCGCUCGGCUUCCUCACCAACUUUGACUUCUCGGAGCACCAGCAGACCAUGGACAACGCCAUUGAGAAUGGCAUCCGCGUCAACCUCCGCAUGCGCUUCACUUGCACGGUCUACCGCGCGCAGAGCUGCGCGACGGAUACGAACAAGAAGGCGAUCAAGAAGGCGUCGACGGGCGAGAUCAUGAUGAGGGUGGAGAAGGGAGGGUGGGAGGCGGUAGAAGGAGGCUGGCAAGCGACGCCUGUGGAGAAAAAACACAGCAAGAACAAGGAGAUCAAGUGCUUCACGACUCGACCUGUGGAGACCUUCGAAAUCCUCAACGAUCUUGUCGUCGACCGUGGUCCCAGCCCGUAUGUCAGCCAGCUGGAACUGCUCGGCGACGAACACCAUAUGACAACGGUCCAAGCCGAUGGCUUGUGUGACCCCGACAGGCUCUACUGCCUACUCCCUCUCCGCUGGCGGCUCCCUCGUUUACCCGGAGAUUCCUGCCUUCUCCUUACCCCUAUCUGCCCUCACACCCUCUCCUUCCGCCCCAUGCUCCUUCCUGACAGCAUGGAACUACGCAUCUGCGUACCCUUCAACUCUCGUAGCACGGCUUGGGCCUCGUUCAAUGGCCGAGGGCGCAUCGAAUUGAAGCAGGGCGAUCACAUCAAGGUCACUGCGUCGAAAUACCCCUUCCCGACUGUUUGCGCCGACAAGCAGUUCACCGACUGGUUCCAAGCCAUCUCGCGCACGCUGAAGUGGAACGAGCGCGAGCGGCAGAAGUCCUUCGUGGUCGGCGACGAUGAGUCGGACGAGGAGGAAGACACCUUCGACAUCGACGAUUCUUCGCCGGAGGCGCAGGCGGCGAAGCAACCCCCGAUGAUGAUUUCGCUGACGAACGCGAUGUCGAGCGAGCACAUCAACCUCGGGCAGCAGAAGACGAAGGAGAACCUCGAUGACACCGCGCAGCGGCAACAGCAGGCCCACUGCGGUACGCCCAAUUGCUCUAACUGCACGAGCCUCAACUCGGCCGCGCACUUCUCGGGCGUGUCGACGCCCUCGCGGUUCGCAACAGGGUCCCCGCCCCACCCGACGCCUCUGCCCCCUCGGGACUAUGGCGACCUCAACCACCAUUCGCACCACCCCCACCACGCACACCACCUCGACGCGCACCACCACCACCCCGAGGGCCGCGCGGCGGAGCGGGAGGGUAUCUGGGACAACAUCCACGUGCGGCGGACGAUGAGCGGGAAGAGCCGAAUACCGAAGGAGCGCGACGUGGACGACGCGCGGACGCCGACGAUGGCGAGCGCGCUGCAUGGGCGGAUGCGCGGAAGGACAAGGUCGCGGUCGCGCUCAUGGGAGCCGGGCAAGACUCUCGCUGUAUCGGUCUGUCCCAACUACUGUUCCGCUCGUCGACGUCAAGCUGCGACUCGACCUUUCCUAUCGGACGCUAAACAAUCCAUCUUCUUCAACCGUGCCCUCGUUGUUUCGCAGCUUCAUUACCGCGCGCUCGGGCUCUUCGACCGCUCUACUGAUCGGCAUCCAAUACUCUCGUACUUGCUUCAUUCACUGGCAGUUAGAUCCGCAGGGCUUGAUUUCGGUCUCUCCAUGUCACGAAUUUUCAGAUUCACCAACGCUCGAUCCCCUGCCUUCUCCACCACGGCUAUCUGA